AUGCAAUCAGACCAGAUGCAAGGCCCAUUCUCCUGGGACUUUCAACUCGAUACGAAAGAAGCGGGUCGCGAGUUUCACCGCAGAAACGACGGUCGGGAAAUCCAACGCCCAGAUAUCGUCGACGAUUGUUGCCGGGGCCUGCUGCUCCAGGCCCGGAUAGACCGUAUCAUUCAUGGGCACGAGCUGAACGGCACUGGCCCAGCAACUCUGAUAAUCUUCGGGUUUCGCUUCCAUGGACUUGAUGAGGAUCGUCGCUUCAAGCAAGCAAGGAUAAUCAUCACAUUCCAAGAUGAAGAGAAACAACACGGAAACGACCCAGAAGUCAUCACCCUAUGGCCAAAUGGCAAUUUCACGCUUGGAGAGCCACUGGAAGUUGAAGUCGAGGAGAGCAGCGGCGGCGAGGCUGGAGUCAAUGUGACAGGAGGGGCUGGCAUUCAAGGUGGUGGUCAGGUCCUGCGGAGGUGGGAGCGGAAGAUAGGCUUCAAGAAGUCCAUCGACAAGAUCAGUUUGACCGGAUCCAUUAUGCUCGACACCGAUAUCCGCGAAUACGGAAGAAACAACGCCAUACGUAUUACCAUAAGCGAGAGCAAAAUCGCCUCGCCUGGUAUUGUGACCGAUCUGCGAGCUGCUGUCUUACUGAGGCGCCAGUCUCUAGACGACACUUUCCUUGGCACCAUCAAAAUGAAGGCCGACGCACACUUUGCGUACAACGCGUUAAGGGGAGCCCGUGCCAUUUUCGGCGGCUCCCCCCAUAAUGACCCGAUCAUCUUCAAACCUGGUGUUCAGUACCUGCGACCCAAGACACUUUCGGGUGUGUUGGAAGACAAGUUGGCAGAGCAGGUCGAUGAAAGAAACCUGGGAGGUGUCGCGAUUGAAGGUCUGGCGGGGGUGCUGGGAAGUACCGUUCUUCCGAAUUGA